AUGGUUAAUAGUUUUUUUUUUUGUUUUGUGAUAAUUGGUCUUAUUUAUGUAUGGGACAUCACGUACAGUAAAAAAGCUAAAAUAUUUUUUAAUAAAAAUGAUAUCUUUAGUAUAAAAAAUACGCACUGGGAUAUUUAUGAUAAGAAGAAAUAUUUUUUUAUUGGAAAUAAUCAUUUAAAAAAUGAAGAAAGUUUUUUACCAGAAGUAAGAAAGGAUUAUAAAUCACAAAUAAAAGAAUAUAAGAAUUCAACGAAUGGUAUUAUAUAUCAUAAUAAUAAAAACAGAUUAAGUUAUACAAUAAAUGAUCAAGUAAAUUAUGAUAAUAAUAUGACAAGUGGUAUUAAUAAAAAAAGAAAAGUUAAAGAUAGUAGUAUACACAUGAAUAAUUCUUAUGAAAAAAAUAGAAACAAAAAUAAAUUUGCUUUAUUUAUGAGUGAUGAAGAAUAUACCAUUAAUUCAGAUGAUUAUACCGAAAAAGCUUGGGAAGCUAUUAGCUCCUUAAAUAAAAUUGGAGAAAAAUAUGAUUCGGCAUAUGUAGAAGCUGAAAUGUUAUUAUUAGCUCUACUAAAUGAUUCACCCGAUGGUUUAGCUGAAAGAAUAUUAAAAGAAAGUGGUAUAGAUACCCAAUUAUUAGUUCAAGAAAUUGAUGAUUAUUUAAAAAAACAACCUAAGAUGCCUAGUGGUUUUGGAGAACAGAAAAUAUUAGGUAGAACUUUACAAACUGUAUUAAGUACUAGUAAAAGAUUAAAAAAAGAAUUUAAUGAUGAAUAUAUUUCCAUAGAACACCUAUUACUAAGUAUCAUUUCAGAAGAUUCUAAAUUUACUAGACCCUGGUUAUUAAAAUAUAAUGUAAAUUAUGAAAAAGUAAAAAAAGCUGUAGAAAAAAUUCGAGGAAAAAAAAAAGUUACUUCUAAAACACCAGAAAUGACUUAUCAAGCUCUAGAAAAAUAUAGUAGAGAUCUAACAGCUUUGGCAAGAGCAGGAAAAUUAGAUCCUGUUAUAGGUAGAGAUAAUGAAAUUAGAAGAGCCAUACAAAUUUUAUCCAGAAGAACUAAAAAUAAUCCUAUCUUAUUAGGAGAUCCUGGUGUUGGGAAAACAGCUAUUGUUGAAGGGUUAGCCAUAAAAAUCGUACAAGGAGAUGUACCUGACUCAUUAAAAGGAAGGAAAUUAGUAUCUUUAGAUAUGUCUUCUCUUAUAGCUGGUGCAAAAUAUAGAGGUGAUUUUGAAGAAAGGCUAAAAUCAAUUCUGAAAGAAGUACAAGAUGCUGAAGGUCAAGUUGUUAUGUUUAUAGAUGAAAUCCAUACUGUUGUGGGAGCUGGAGCGGUCGCAGAAGGUGCAUUAGAUGCUGGUAAUAUAUUAAAACCUAUGUUAGCUAGAGGUGAAUUACGUUGUAUUGGUGCUACGACGGUUAGUGAAUAUAGACAAUUUAUAGAAAAGGAUAAAGCAUUAGAAAGAAGAUUUCAACAAAUUCUUGUUGAACAACCAAGUGUUGAUGAAACUAUUAGUAUAUUAAGAGGUCUAAAAGAAAGAUAUGAAGUUCAUCAUGGUGUACGUAUAUUAGAUUCUGCAUUAGUACAAGCUGCUGUUUUAUCAGAUCGUUAUAUUAGUUAUAGAUUCUUACCAGAUAAAGCGAUUGAUCUUAUUGACGAAGCUGCAUCUAAUCUUAAAAUACAACUAUCUAGUAAACCUAUUCAAUUAGAAAAUAUAGAAAAACAACUUAUACAAUUAGAAAUGGAAAAAAUAUCCAUAUUAGGAGAUAAACAAAAGAAUCUAUUUAAUUAUUCUAGUGUAGCUAACACACACAAUAAUAAUAAUAAUAGUAGUAUUAGUAGCAAUAACUCGUCAUCAUAUGGUAACGCUGAAGAAACUGAAGCAACUGUUGAUUAUACUAAAAGCCCCAAUUUUUUAAAAAAAAGAAUUAAUGAAAAAGAAAUUGAUAGAUUAAAAAUGAUCGAUCGAAUCAUGAGCGAAUUAAGAAAAGAACAAAGAAAAAUCCUAGAUUCUUGGUCCACCGAAAAAAGCUAUGUAGAUAAUAUCAGAGCUAUUAAAGAAAGAAUAGAUGUUGUUAAAAUAGAAAUUGAAAAAGCUGAAAGAUAUUUUGAUUUAAAUAGAGCAGCUGAAUUGAGAUUUGAAACAUUACCUGAUUUAGAAAAACAAUUAAAAAAAGCAGAAGAAAAUUAUCUAAAUGAUAUCCCUGAAAAAAGUAGAAUAUUAAAAGAUGAAGUUACAAGUGAAGAUAUUGUUAAUAUUGUAAGUAUGUCUACCGGUAUCAGAUUAAAUAAAUUACUAAAAUCUGAAAAAGAAAAAAUACUUAAUCUUGAAAAUGAAUUACAUAAACAAAUUAUCGGUCAAGAUGAUGCCGUAAAAGUUGUAACCAAAGCUGUUCAAAGAUCUAGGGUUGGAAUGAAUAACCCUAAAAGACCAAUAGCAUCUUUAAUGUUUUUAGGACCAACAGGAGUAGGAAAAACGGAAUUAUCUAAGGUAUUGGCAGAUGUAUUAUUUGACACACCAGAAGCAGUAAUUCAUUUUGAUAUGUCUGAAUAUAUGGAGAAGCAUUCAAUUAGUAAAUUAAUAGGUGCCGCACCAGGUUAUGUGGGAUAUGAACAAGGAGGAUUAUUAACAGAUGCAGUACGUAAAAAACCAUAUUCUAUCAUUUUAUUUGAUGAAAUAGAAAAAGCACAUCCUGAUGUAUAUAAUUUAUUAUUAAGAGUUAUAGAUGAGGGAAAAUUAUCUGAUACCAAAGGAAAUGUAGCUAAUUUUAGAAAUACAAUUAUUAUAUUUACAUCCAAUUUAGGAAGUCAAAGUAUACUAGAUCUAGCUAAUGAUCCAAAUAAAAAAGAAAAAAUCAAAGAACAGGUAAUGAAAUCAGUGAGAGAAACAUUUAGACCUGAAUUUUAUAACAGAAUUGAUGAUCAUGUUAUAUUUGAUAGCUUAUCAAAAAAAGAAUUAAAAGAAAUUGCAAAUAUUGAAAUUAGAAAAGUAGCUAAUCGUCUAUUUGAUAAAAAUUUUAAAAUAACUAUAGACGAUGCUGUCUUUUCAUAUAUAGUAGAUAAAGCCUAUGAUCCUUCUUUUGGUGCUAGACCUCUUAAAAGAGUUAUACAAUCUGAAAUAGAAACGGAAAUUGCUGUAAGAAUAUUAGAUGAAACCUUUGUAGAAAAUGAUACUAUUAAUAUAUCUCUCAAGGAUCAGAAGUUGCACUUUUCAAAAAGUUAA